CACAGAGAGGUAACUGCUUUCACUUUUAAUAUGCUUCGCAAUUUACAAAUCAGGACGGAGAUGGCUGAAUACGAGAGAACCUCGGAUCAUGUGAGGGACUAUAUCCAGCGCUUCAGCCUUGAUAACUGCGCUCUUGGGAGCCAGGGCUAUAACCGAGUCCUCCUACAGCUGUUUGGGUAUAUGGGCCAUGGCAAGUCCUCCCUCAUCAACUCAUGCAAGUACGUAUUAGAUGAUGGGGAAUAUCACAUUUAUGCCAAUGCAUUGGCUUCCCAUAAGAGCGUCACUUACAGCAGAACAGCCUACCCCCUCACCGACACCAUCACCAUUGUGGAUAACAGGGGGUGCGGUAAAUUCGAUGCGAAUGAGACGGGAGAAAUUUAUGCCCAACUGGGCAACUUCAUUCCACUCAAUCAACGGGUUGAAUGGACAAAUAACUAUGAACAGAUGAUUUACAGAUUGGAGGACUCAGAAAUGGAUCCCAAUUUCACAGAUUUUACUAUUCCCGUGUUUGUUUACAGCGUUAAAAAGGGCCUCACUGAAGGGGAGAAGAAAGAGACCAAAGAGUUCAUUGACAACUGUCGGAAAAUGACAGGGGUUUAUCCAAUUGUGGUUCUGACCCACAAAACCUCACGUGACUAUCUACAGGCUGAGAAGGAGUUCCUGCUGAUGGGGGUAGAAAAGGUGAUUAAGGUAGAAAACUACACAAUGGAGGAUCAUGGCAGAACCCAAGGGCGUCACAAGGAGAUCCUACACUUUCUCUACAGCGUUCUGGAAGAUGUCAACUUCCAGAUGAAAUAUAAGAGGAACCCAAGAAAGGAAAGGGUCGAGCGCAAGAAAUUUCUGCUUAAAUUUCUACACGAGAGAGAAGUGAAGCAAAAACUGGAGCAAAUGCAACGGCAAGAGGCAAAAAAAGUUGCUACUAUACAACUAGAGAAAAGUUAUCAGGGGUUUUUGGAGAAUCGUUAUUGUAACUAGGUUGCUCAGCGCCAUUUUAAUCAUCUCAACAACAAGACACACUCAUAAUACGAAUCUAUCCAUAUCCAACCCUGGCCUCUGCCUCUGACUGGCCCAGGUGUUUAUGUUUAAUACCAGGUAUCUGCUGUGAUACUAUUGAAGAUACUGCCCUUAAAACUGCUACUUACAUGCCAUGUCCCGAUGUAUAUUUUUAAUUUUAAUAAUACACAUUCCACUGCCUUUUUAGUCCAUUUAGAUUUGUGAUUAUGAAAUGAAGGUUUAAUCAUCAGUUGGGCGAGGGUGAUAAGAACAUAUUUUCCCAUAAUAAGAUAUGGACAUGUGACACUGUUGACAGGGAUUGCUUUAUGGGUAUAUGUUUUUGUAUUUUCUUUUGGAAUUCCAUCACUCUGCCCUCUUUAAUAUUCAUACUUUAGGCGCUUUAAGACAUUUAUCAUAGAUUCUCUUGCAAUGAUUAUGGCUCGACCGUGAAUGGCUGACGUGAUGGGCAGCUUGGUCAACCUCCAAACUAAGGGAUAAUUGCUAUAAAAGUCUCUUGGGUCAGCGAUCUCCCAAUAGAAGUCACCAGUAGACCAGACCUUACGAGUUAAGGUGCCCAUACACCUUCAGAUCCACUCGCUUGGCAACAUCGGAUCUUCUCCCGAUGUCCUCCACCUA